AUGGAUUCACCAUGGAGACCAGAAUUAUACAAGCCAUCCUCAGCUUGUGAAAUUACUCCGCAUCAAACGCUAGACGCCGAACUCUUGGAGUCCGAAAUCAAAGAAUUGUAUCAAUUCACACAAGAUAUUGCGAAAACCCCAUAUGAUGCGGAAAAUUGGCUUAACCGGGGGAAUAGUCUCCGUCGAUUAGGGUAUCCAGAACUUGCUCUUGGCGAUGUUCAUAAAGCACGGCUUUUGGUCGAAGCCGCCUUGAAGAAUGAUUCUUCUUUGGGUAAUGAUGCGUAUGAAGCAUACAGGCAAAAGAUUUAUCAACUUCAUCAAACCCAUCCGGCGUGGAUGCCUAGGAAGGCACAGGUGGCCACACCAGAAUCUCUCGAUGCCUUAGUCACAGUUCUGUUGAAAAGACUUGAGCUUCAGAUCUGGUCGGAAUUGAUGGAAGGAUUGAUGGCUUCCAAUUGCUGUGUAGACUAUCUUGCGGUAAGUAAAGAUGCCGUGGCCAAAUUCCCCGAUGACCAGGUUUUUCCCUCGGAAGUAACGAAUGCGGAAUCAUGGUUUGAGCAACGACAAAAUAUCCUCCAAGGAUACGUCGACGAUGAAGAAAUGUCGACAGAAGCCAUGGCAACUACCCUCUAUAAUGGCGGUGUCUAUCCAACCGCAUAUCCAUGGAUGACCGAAGAUCUUGUCACAAGAUCUGAUCAAUUAAUAGAAAAGUUGGCUGCCGAAUUUGCUGCCGCGUCAUCCAAUUGUGUAGUUUCAAAGAGCACAAUUAGACUGGCUUCAUCGUCUGAAGACAUAUCGGAGGUGGAUGUGCUUGGCGUUGUGGCCACAAGAGAUAUUUUGGCGCAAGAAACCGUCGUUGUUGAUCCAACCCUCGCUGCUGCAGUUGACAGUGUCGACCGGUGCCCAGCUUGUUGUGGACCACUCUUGGAAAAAAUCGAAAACCCAUGUUGCAAAAUUUCGUACUGUAGCUCUUCAUGCUGUCAGCUUGCAUUGGAUGGAUAUCACUCGGUCGUUUGUGGUAAGGAUCUCGAUUUUCUGUAUGAAUCUAGAUCAGAAUCUUCGCCAAACGCCAUAGAAUCGUCUAUGGGAUCCAGCUUAUGCCUUCGUGUCCUCGCUCUUUCUAUUAAGGAAGAUACCGUUCAUCCCCUUAAUACUUCGCUUGUUUCACGCCUCACGCCCGCAUACAAUCCAAACGACCCUCAACUCAUCCGCUUCAACUUCAAAGAUCACAUUGUAACACCCAUCCGUAUCCUUUUCGAACUUGGGAUCGACGUCUUCACCAAUAGCAUGUACGAUACAUGGGUUCUACACACGAUCAAUAGUCGUCUGCAAAACAACAAACACGGGCAAACUUUUGAUGAUAUUCGAGGAACUGCCAUAAGUCCUCUGUACUCGAUGUUUAAUCAUAGUUGCGAUCCCAAUGUUGAUUGGAGACACGAUGACGAGAAUAGUACAGUCACCCUAUUCGCCGAACGGGACAUCAAGAAAGGAGAGGAAAUGUUCAUCUCAUAUAUUGGGAAAGGCAAGGGCCUUGUAGAAAGGCAAAGGAAACUCAUGCCUUGGUUCGGCACAAAGUGUGCAUGUCACAAGUGUGAGGAGGAGAAAUUAGAAGCCAUGGUGGCAGAUAUAACUGUCUGA